AUGAAGCCCUUCUUCGUUCUCACCUUCCUUGCCUCCCUCGGCACUGCUCUUGGCACUGCCGUCGAGGUCGAGAAGCGCGAUAUCAACGCCGGCGCUCAGCCCCUUAGCCCUCGCGCUGCUUUCCGUGCCGCGACUCGCUCUGAGAUCAAGGCUCGUGACUUUUUUGAGUGCUCCAGUGGCCCCGCCCCCUCGGACGCCGACUGCCAGACCGUCGUCAACAACGUGCUCGCCUCCAACGGCAACCUGCUCAUCGCCGACAACUCGUGCGUGACCUACUCGGCGGGCACCUGCACGGGCUUCUUCUGCGCGCUGUGCCAGACCAUGGCCACGUCGACCGACUUCAUCGCCAACCAGCUGUCGAGCGCCGAGGCCCUCUGCGUCGCGGGCGGGCAGGCGGGCACCGUCGUCGGCGACUCGGCGCCGCAGUGGAGCGCCGGCUUUGUGCAGUCUGGGCAGGGACUGCCUAAUUAUAAUGACAUCUGCUGA